UCGUGGCUGGUGCUCCCACCUCUUUGGGCGAGGGUCCCCACGCCUCUCCAGGGGUCGAAGCGCGGACCCGCGUGUGCGAUCGCUUGGACGCCGAGCUCAGAACAGACGGCCCGGGACGCGUGGCUCCGCGGGGACUCAAGUGGCAUGAGGACCUCCCUGCAGGCGGUGGCACUGUGGGGAAAGAAGGCCCCUCCACACAGCAUCUCUGCCAUCAUGAUCACCGACGACCAGCAGACCAUUGUGACCGGAAGCCAGGAGGGUCAGCUCUGCCUCUGGAACCUUUCACCUGAGCUGCAGAUCUCAGCUAAAGAGCUCCUCUUUGGUCAUUCAGCGGCGGUGACAUGCCUGGCCUGGGCGAGGGACUUCUCCAAGCAGCCCUACAUUGUUAGCGCUGCUGAGAAUGGGGAGAUGUGCGUGUGGAAUGUCACCAGCGGCCAGUGCGUGCGGCAGGCCACCCUCCCCUACGGGCAUGCCUCCAUCUGCUAUUACCACUGUUCAGCCCGGAUGACUGGCAGUGGCUGGCUGCUGUGCUGUGGCGAGUACCAGGACGUCCUCGUCAUCGACGCUGAGACUCUGACCGUGGUACACACGCUCAUGUCCUCGCAGUCCCCAGACUGGGUUACCUGCAUGUGCAUUGUCCACUCCGUGCGGGUUCAAGAAGAUUCUCUGCUGGCGGUGACAGUGACCGGGGAUCUCAAGGUGUGGGACCUCUCCUCAUCUAUCAACAGCAUCCAGGAAAAGCGAGAUGUCUAUGAGAAAGAAUCCAAAUUCCUCGACUCCAUGAACUGCCAGGCGAUUCGAUUCUGCAUGUACACUGAGCGGCUUCUGCUGGUGGUCUUUUCCAGAUGUUGGAAGGUGUACGAUUACUGCGACUUCGCCCUGCUGUGGACGGAGGCCAGUGCCGGCGGGAGGCUCUUUGCAGGCGGAGAGGUGCUGGCGGCCCACAGGGUCCUCGUCUGGACGGAGGACGGCUGCAGCUACAUCUAUCAGUUGCUGAACAGUGGGCUUUCCAAGAGCAGCAGCCCAGCCGACAGGAGGCUGCUGAGAGAGACAGUGUACCCACACUUACUGUGCUCGGCCUCGGUGGAGGGAAGCCAGAGCCUUCCCUUUGUCAUGGGCUACAUGAAUGAGCGGAAGGAACCUUUCUACAAGGUGCUGUUCUCUGGGGAAGUUUCAGGGAAGAUUACUUUGUGGCACAUCCCUGAUGUUCCUGUAACCAAGUUUGAUGGUUCUCCUAGAGAGAUACCAAUCACCACCACCUGCACCCUUCAAGAUAAUUUUGACAGGCAUCGAACGAUGCCCCAGGGAAUCCUUGGCCAGUUCUCUGGGUGUGGAGAGGAGGUAGCAGCUGAGGCUGUCACCGCGUCCGAGUACAUCCCCAGCCUGGACAGGCUCAUCUGUGGCUUCGAGGACGGCACCAUUUUCAUCACGCAGGCUCUCAGUGCUGCCCAGGCGGGCCUGCUGGACGUCGGUUCUGUGCCAAGAGGUUCCUCUUCUCACAAAGCCCUUAAAGGCCACCAACAGCGUGUGACUUCCUUGCUGUACCCUCAUGGUCUCUCUUCAAAGUCGGACCAAAGCUGGCUGGUGUCAGGGGACCAGAGCUCCUGCGUCAUCCUGUGGGACAUCUUUACGGACGAAGUGCUGCAUAAGUUCUUUCUGGAAGCUGGUCCCGUUGUGAGCCUUCUGAUGUCACCAGAGAACCCCAGACCCAGGGAGGACUGGACAGUGUGCUGUGUGUGCAGCGACCACUCAGUGGCCCUCCUGCACCUGGAGGAGAAGAGGCCCCUCAUGCAGGCCCGGAAGCACCUUUUCCCUGUCACCACUGUAAGGUGGCACCCGGUGGAGAACUUUCUGAUUGUUGGAUGUGCUGAUGACUCUGCCUACAUCUGGGAAAUUGAAACAGGCACUCUGGAAAGACACGAGACAGGAGACCGAGCGCGGGCCAUCCUCGGCUGCGGCCACGGCGCACAGCUCCUGAGGCCCGAGGCAUGGAGACAGCAAGGUGUCAGCCUUGGGCUGCAGCGGGUUGUGGGCACCGGGUCCACCCCCCGGCCCUUCGACGUCCUGCCCAUGAGGAUGAAGUGGAGUGGGGUCGGCUUCCACAUUCUUCUCUUCAACCUGGAGAACCUCGUUGAACUGCUGCUGCCCGUGCCUCCCGGUGGCGCUGACCCCUCGGGCUCCUUCCACAGCAGCGAGCUGCUGAGACGCGCGUGGAGCACAGUGGGCAGGAAGACACUGACCACAAAGUGGAGCAGAGCUGCGGCCCCAGAGGCCCAGGCCCCACCGGCGGGUGCCAGCCUGAGCCAAGGGGACACCGCCGUCACCUUUGUGGAGGAGAAUGACGGUGUCAAAUGGCAGAAGAAGACCAAGAGCUCCAAGAAGGCACAAGCUCAGCCCUCACCCGGAGUGAGCCCAGGCCUCACCCUGGACACAGCCAAGUUGCUCCUGUCCUGCCUGCUGCCCUGGGGCGUGGACAAGGAGCUGGACCACCUCUGCAUCAGGCACCUCAACAUCGCCCAGCCACAGGGACCUGUUUUCUUAGGGCUCGCCUCCCAUGAGGACCGCUUCUCCCUGAUGCUGCCCGGCACGGACUCAUGCAACCCAGGAACCAAGACGGCAUCUUCAAGGGCAAAUUUAUUUUCCAGAAGAGUUUUGGACUUGUCACAUAAAUACACAGCCACUCUGUCAAGCCAAUUAGGGACAUCAGGAGGACCGGAAGAUGGCUGUGAUUGUUUGCCACAGGAGUCAAACGUCAUCACGUACUUACUGAGCAGACUGUUUUUAGUUAAUAAGUUAGUAAACGUGCCUUUAGAAUUGGCCUGUAAGGUUGACAGCUCUUUCUUUUCCAACAGAUCCUUCAAGGUAGAAUCCAUGCAUAAGGUGAAGAGUCCGGUGAAUGAUAUUUUGAAUCUUUCAAGCUUCUAUGGUCACUUAAGAAAUGGUAAGACCGACUCUCCGCCUCCCAAGGCUGACAUUUCUCUCGUGAAGCUGAUCUCUUCUUGGCGAGACCAGUCUGUGCAGGUACCUGAAGCCAUGCAAGCCGUCCUGCUGGCGGAAGUGGAGCAGCACAUGAAGAGUCAGAGGAAGAGCCCCGUGGACCACCACAUGUGCCCAGGGCCAGGAGAAGGCCACGGGGACCAGGUGCAGGCCACACCCGAGGUGGGCCAGGCCGGGGACCUGCAGCCACUGCCCGCCUGCAGCACUCCGCCCACGCACUCCACAGCGAGCCCAGGCAAGCAUGACAGCGCCUCAGAGAUGGCCAGCUUCCAGGACUCGGAGGAUGUGCCUGGCAGACCCGUCCUGAAAGGCCCUGGAAGUCCAGGUGAGCCGAGGCAUCACUCCUGGAUAGCUAAGAUGUGCUCCUGCAAGGUGUGCUGAGGGCGGUCACUCGACAGAAGCCUGCGCAUCACCGAGAGGGGAUUCCAGACCUGUUCAUCUCCUUGCAGAGCAUGUGGCUGUCAGGCUGCAGUGGAUUUGCUAACUCCUUAGCCAGAGUAUAUCGCAUGCACAGUUACUGAUUGAACCUGCGUGUGCUCUUCCAGAAAACUAGCACCUGGUUCAGCGAUGGCGACCUCAUAGAGCCAUGGCGCGGAGCCCUGACUUCGCCACACUGGCCUAGGUCAUCCUCUGUGCCUUCUUCCUAUUCUUUGCUAAUAUUUUCAACAAGAAAUGCCAGUGCCAGCCUGCAGAUACAGAUGUAACAGUGCUUUGGAUUUGUCCCCAUUUUUUCCAUCCCUGAGUUGUAUAAUAAACAACAUUGAAGCAACGUAA